GACACCUCGUUCGACUCUUGUGUUUUUUGGUGGCCCAACUUGUCUAUUCGGGCCGAAUCUCGCUGCACUCUCGCGUCUUGCACCCCUCCUUGGCAACCCUGCCGUCCUCCCUGGAAGCCCAGGCGGACCACCACCGCGAGUCACACGCUACACCUAUCCCGCGCCAUUUUCUCAUGUCGCUGUAGCUUCGUGUUCUGUACUGUACCUUGUCGAUUGCGCACCCCCUUCCCCCGGGGCCCUAGCGACGCCCUCCCCCCCUCUCCCCCAGACUCUUGUCGCACGACGGGACCCGGCGAUGCCGUGGAUCCGCCUGGGGGUACUAGAGCCCCUGAUGGAGUCUCUAGUAGAGCCUCUAGUAGAGCCUCUGCUACCCCUCCCUUGGAGUAUUGCCAGAUCCACUGCGAGUGAACCUAGGAUCCUCUGGCAGUCGACCGGACCCCUACUUUGCCCCUCUUCACAUCAUAUUCCCCUUCACUUCCCCACCGGGCCGUUCCCUGGCCGCCAGCACAGUCGCUCACUUGCCGUCCUGCUUCCCAUUCUCGCUGACUGCUCCUUCGUGCCAGCUGCUGCCAGCAGUGCUGGGCCAGGAUGUCUCCUCGCCUCCCGUUAGUAGCACUAGCCGUAGCGCUUCUUCUCCUCGCCGCGGCCGUCGCGGGAGUGCAUGCGUCGGGGGGGAAUGUGGCGCACUUCCGCAGGCUUCUGACCGCCGCAGGCGGGAGUAGCACUGCUGAUAAUAAGGGCAACGCGGCGGAACUGACAAAAGAUUCCCCCCAUGCUUCCGCGGAGGGGGAAGCACUUGAAGUGAGGGCGUCCUCCCCUGAUUCUUCCGCGGAGGGGGGUGAGGCGGAGGCGGGAGCAGGGGGGAAGCCUCCGGUGCUGCAGCUGAUUAUUGUGGAGGAAGGGCACGCGGCGGGUGCAGUGUGCUUAGACGGGACUAACCCUGGGUUCUUCUAUCGGAAGGGCUACGGCUCAGGCAGCCGCAACUGGCUGCUCUUCUUCGAGGGCGGCGCAUGGUGCGCGUCCCCCCACAGCUGCGCGUACAGGGCGCACACGCGCCUGGGGUCGUCGGACCACUUUGCGUCGGUGGAGGAGAUGGUGGACCCGCAGAGCGGCGCCAUGAACGGCAUGCUCAGCGCCAACCGCACCGUCAACCCGGACUUCUUCAACUGGAACGCUGUCUACUUCGUCUACUGCGAUGGCGGGUCGUUUGCUGGCGACAAGGAGGAGCCCGUCCUCUCCGAUGGCAGAACCCUGUACCUGCGCGGGAGGAGGGUGGCGGACGUGCUUCUCAAACGCCUUGUGGAAAAGAUGGGGCUCGACCAGGCAGACAGGGUGGUUGUAGCGGGGUCUUCAGCCGGGGCUGUAGCGGUGCUGCUGCAUUGCGAUCGGGUCCGGGCCACGCUGGAGGCCGUCUCUCCCUCCAUGAGUGUGCGCUGCCUCGCUGACGCAUCCAUGUUCCUCGACGUGCCGGAUGUCAACAACACCAGGAAGGUCGGAAACUUCUUUGCUGAAGUCAAGGACACGCAUAAUCUGACCGCCAGUCUCCCUGUAGCAUGUCUCGAGGCCCGAGAGCCAGAGACGCACCAUGAGUGUUUCAUGUCCAACCAUUUACUGCAGUUCGUCUCUACACCUAUUUUCGUUAUCAACAGCAAUUAUGACAAAAUUGCGAUGAGAGCCAUUGCGGCGCCACAGGUGUUGGAUUCAGGCAGUACAAGACCCCCAGACUGCUUCGACCAUCUGAAGAAGUGCACUGACGCCGAGAACCGAGUGAUUGAGGACUAUCGCAAGGCUGUGGUCUCUGCUGUGGCUCCUCUCCUCCACUCCACCAACCCUCCACCUCCCUCUCCUCUCUCCUCCUCCUCCUCCUCCUCCUCCUCCUCCUCCUCCUCCUCCUCCUCCUCCUCCUCCUCCUCCUCCUCCUCUUCCUCCUCCUCCUCCUCCUCCUCCUCCUCCUCCUCCUCUCCUCCUCCUCCUCCUCCUCCUCCUCCUCCUCCCCGCCUGUCAACGCCGUCUUCCUCUUCUCCUGCUUCCAGCACGGCUCCAUCCACUCAGACAUGCCUUGGAAGAUCCGCACAGCAAACGGGGUGCCCAUGUUUGAAGCUGUGAGCCAGUGGAUGCAUCCCGACAACGGUGACAAGAUUCAUCUUAUUGAACGGAGCCGUCCGUGCAAUUCUUGCGGCAUGAAGCUGUGAAAAAUUACGGCAAGGAUAAUAUUCUUUGUGGUGUACCCCGGCCCGUACUCUUGUCAGCUUCAAUCCCAGACCAGAGAAUCUUCGCGAGGAGAAUGAUUGGAAUAUUCGUCGGCUCCCUAGCAUCCAUUCGCCGAAGCCACCCAUAAUUUUGUUGCAACAACUCCUACCAUUUUCAUUAUAGUUUUGUUUUGUGGCAUGAAACUGCAUGCAUCAACAUGUUGCUUAGCCUCUGUAAAACUAUUGCAUAAGCGUGAGCAUUGGUGGUGGCCUAAUGUUUGUUGUGUUUUAUAAUUGCCUAA